AUGUCUUCUCCACAGUUCCCAGAAUCGUCCCCAGUCACCGAUACUUCCAGUCGCAAAUCUCAGUUCACAUACAGGCAUCUGUGCCAACUGGCCUCAUUCGCCCCGUCUUGCCCACUGCGCGUAGUAGCGCAUAUUGAUUUGGAUGCCUUCUAUGCGCAAUGUGAGAUGGUGCGGCUCGGCAUCCCUGAGGACCAGCCUCUGGCAGUUCAACAGUGGCAAAAUCUCAUAGCCGUCAACUACCCGGCUCGUGGGUUUGGCGUUGGCAGACACUGUACCAUCACAGACGCCAAGAAACUCUGUCCUAACCUGGUCGCCCAGCAUGUGGCUACAUGGCGUGAAGGUGACGACAAGUGGGCUUAUAGAGAAGACGCCGCAGCCAACGUAGCAAGCGACAAGGUGUCCCUCGAUCCUUAUCGUCUGCAGUCAAGGAAGAUUCUCCAGCUUAUCAAGGAGACUCUUCCGUCAAAUCUGCAGAGGGUCGAGAAGGCUAGUAUCGAUGAAGUAUUCUGCGACCUCUCCGCCCAAGUCCACUCCAUUCUCCUGGAGCGUUUCCCGGAGCUGAGGAGCCCGCCUCCUCAUGGCGACCUCACGGGGAGGCUACCUCGGCCUCCAGUGGUUGCCUUGAAUUGGAUGGCCGACGCUCUCGUCGACCUGGAUGAGCAUGCUGAGUCGCAAGAUCCGGACUGGGACGACGUGGCCAUAUUGAUCGGGUCCGAAAUCAUCCGAGACGUGCGGGGACAAAUUCGAGAGGAGCUGCGUUACGCCUGCUCGGCGGGCAUAGCCAAUAAUAAGUUGUUGAGCAAGUUGGGCUCCGCUUACAAGAAGCCCAACCAACAAACCGUCAUCCGGAGCCGGGCUAUUCAGCACUUCCUAUCGGAUUUCAAGAUCACCAAAAUCCGGAAUUUUGGCGGCAAGUUUGGGGACAAUGUCACGUCCACCUUUGGCGUUGACACCGUCCGGGAACUUCUACCCGUCACUCUGGACCAGAUGAAACUCAAGUUGGGAGACGACACAGGAACGUGGGUUUACAAUACCAUUCGGGGCGUGGACCACAGCGAGGUCAGCUCCAGGACGCAAAUCAAGUCGAUGCUCUCGGCUAAGUCCUUCCGGCCCGCCAUCCACACUGUUGAGCAGGCUACCCGGUGGCUCAGGAUUUUUGCUGCUGAUAUUUCCUCCCGGUUGGGCGAGGAGAACAGACGCAGGCCAAGGACGAUUAACCUGCAUUACAGACAUGACGGUCAGAUGAAGUCGCGUCAGGCGCCCAUAGCCCAGGGGAAGGCCCUGAACGAGCAGCUCCUAUUUGACCUCUCCCGAACCCUCCUAAACCAGAUAUUGAGCGAGGGCAACGUGUGGCCUUGCAUGAACCUUAGUCUGAGCGUUGGCGGCUUCGAAGACAGCGUGGUUGGCAACAUGGGCAUCGGCGGGUUCCUUGUCAAAGGUGAAGAAGCCCAGGCCCUAAGGUCGAGUGCAAAAGAUCCGGGGUUCCCUAUCCUUCCGGGCAGGCAGGCGGCGAAGAGACGUCGGCUAGAUGGAGCAGGCGAAGGCAUACAUCGGUUCUUCAUUAGACACAAUACCACGAAUGACCACAACGCCUCUGAGACGGAAGAUAACGCCAAAGGGCUCGAAGACUUGGUACCUGGCGACCCAGUCACGGGCCUGCGCAACGGGAACGAAGAGAAGAACGAGGCAGACGGCGCUUCUUCAGAGAGUUCAGAGUGUUCUCGCUGUGGUGCCAGUUUCGACUGGCCACAAAGCCUUCAGAGUCACCAAGAUUGGCACUUGGCCAAAGACCUGCACGAUGAGGAACGUGGCCAGUCCAGAGCCACCAUCCAUCCUCCCGCUUCCGCUCGCUCGAAAGGACCGAGUGGCCCGGCACCCUCGUCUAAACGGGCUGGUCGUGGCGGUAAGAUGGAACAUGGACAACGCAAACUGACGUUUGGUGGCUCAUGA